AUGCCUGAUAACGAACCUUAUUCGAAUCCGAUCGCCCCAGCUAAUUAUCGACCACACGAUGAUGCCGAAACUGGAACAGGACAUCCAUUAACAAAUGAUGAUUUUCGAAAAUUGUUAAUGACACCAGCUGCACCUGGUUCAGUAACAUCACAACGCUAUCAAAAUUCAUCAGGUUCGAGUUCUCAACAAAGAUCAUCUACUGGUCAAAAAGGUGAAGGCGGCAGUGAAGCAGGUGAUAAACGCAAAAAAAAGAAACAAUAUUAUGCUAAAGUUAUUCGUGAAGAGAAAGCUCGUGAAGAGGAACGAGCUAAAAGAUACCGUGAUCGAGCACGCGAACGACGAGAAGUAAUAUCAAAUGAAGAUCAAGUGGGUGUGGAUUUAACGACGAAUACUAAUCAACAGGCAACGACAACUGGAAAUUAUAAAUCAGUUGCACCUGACGCUAAAGGAAACUUUGAUGCUGCCGCCAGGCGAAAACAAAUGAUUGAAGAAUCGAAGUUUUUGGGUGGAGAUUUAGAACAUACACAUUUAGUCAAAGGUCUAGAUUAUGCUUUACUGCAAAAAGUACGAGCUGAAAUCGGACCAGACGAUGCAGACAAUGAUCAAAUAGAUUUAAAUAAAGAUGAGCAUGUUUUUGUCAAACCAUCCACUAAAAUUACGCCAAUGGGAUCUGGCAUAGAUACUGAAAAGAAAAAAGUUUUAUCAAACGAAACUGUAACUCCUAAUUCUUCAACAUCAUUGACACCUGAAGAAGAAGAAGAACAAAGAUUAGGAUUAAAAUCUUCCAUGGCUAAAAAUAUUUUCCGAAUUUUAUUUCGCCCAGCAUCACGACGUGUUAAUGAAUUAUUUUUACCGCAUCGUAUGGCAUAUAUUAUUGAUUUAGAAAAUGUUAAUGGGCAACAAGAUGAUGAUAAUGAGAAAGGUUCACAUGCACUUGAUGAUAUACCAACAACAUUAAUAAGAUCAAAAGCUGAUUGUCCAAAUGCAGAAACAACCACUACUAUGAGUAAUAAUGAUAUUGUUAUAAAUAAAUUAACUCAAAUUCUUUCAUAUUUGCGUCAUUCAAAACGUGAUUUAAAACGCCAAAAAAAGAAAGGUACUGGAAUAUUUACUGGCAUUGAAUCAGAAAUGAAUAUUAAACCGACGCAUGAUUCAAUGAAUAAUAUAACUAAAAAAUCUAAAGAUAUUAGUAUGUAUGAUGAUAUUGCUGAUUAUAUUCCGGAUACAAAGAAACGUUCAACAACAAAUGAACGUGAAAAAAAUCACUACGAUAGUGACGCUAGAAAGAAGCAUUAUUUUCAUACAGAAUCAAAAUCUAAUGAUCGUAAAUCUAAUUUUGAUGAUACCGACCACGAUAAUACGAAUGUGGCCGAAUCAGUAAAAGGCUUUAUACGGAAUGUUCACAAUAAAUAUAAUGCUAAAAAUGAUGAAGAACGGGUUGCUCCAUCAAGUUCAAGUAAAAGAGGUAAAAAUGGGUUUCAAUUAAAAUUUACUGAUGAUUCAUAUGCUGAAUGCUAUCCUGGAACAAUGGCUGAAGAAGAUGUUAAUAUUGAUUCUGACGAUGAACCAGAUCUAGAUAAAAUGGAUAUGGGCUCAAAAAAAGGUCCUAUUGGUCGUUGGGAUUUCGAUACAGCGGAAGAAUAUUCAGAUUAUAUGGGACAAAAGGAAGCAAUGCCAAAAGCAGCAUUUCAGUAUGGUGUUAAAAUGAAUGAUGGACGUAAAACACGACGUGGUGUUGGACCAAAAGAUGACAAACAAAAAUUAGAACGUGAAUGGCAACAAAUAUCAAAGAUUAUUGAAAGUAAACGUAAAGGCGAUCCAAUUGGCAGUGCUUCACCUGAUUUAUCGGCUAGUAAAAGAACAAAAAUGGCUUGA